UCGGCUAUGUGAGUGAAUAUGGAAUGUACAAAGCUUUGAAUGGUGAGAAGCUCAUGGUUGAGGAGGAAAAGGUGAUGUGCAGUGUUGGUCGUGAGGGGGCCGGGCAUCCACAUCGUCUUCAAAGCCACCCAAGAUUUUCAGUACUACCUUUAUGUCUGCAGCUCGAGCAUCAGCUCAGAUCGAGCUGAACGUGAAUAAAAUUAUGUUCACUCAAAUUGUUUCAAAGUGGCUGUUUUGUGGUUGAUGGUGAUGUUGCAGAGUGUGGGAAAUCAGAUGUACAUGGAGGGUACCGACACCAAUCCACCCAACAAUACGUACGUCAACCAAGACCAGCACAACCAAUUUCUGUAUAUCGUCCCCGAUCAACGAGGGAGCAUUCGAACAAAAAGAAGCGAAGACGUAGACAGUGAGUCGUAUUUGAUUGCCGAAGAUCCAGAACAGCAAUUUGGAAGGGCCAUUGUCAAGGGUGACAAGGACGAGGUCUUGAAGAUUCUAGCCAAGUAUGACCCCCAUGAUAAUUUCAUCACAUCCGAUAUCAGCUGUCAAAAAAUUGCCGAUGACUUGGAUGAUAGGGGUCUGACAUGCGCUUGUGACAAGUUAUCUCCUUUGAACUUGGCCAUUUUUUGCGGACAAACAACCAUCUUAGAUGUGCUAUUGGAACAUGGAUUGGAAAAGAGCUUCACAUUCAAAGAGCACUUGCUCUGCCAGCAUUUCAAAGACCCAGGGUUGGUGUUUAAUAGGCUUUGUGCCAGGAGCUGUGACAUCUGUUCCGAUCUACUGGAUUUACGGCUCGAUUCAAAUUUUGAUGAUCCCAAUCUCCAGCAAAAAAGAGACACAGUACUGAAAAUCGAUCUGGGAAUCCUGUGUCGCAAACCUCAAAGUGACAGCUUUGCCUCGGAAAUGACCACGUUAAUCGACAUGACACACAACGAAGAUCUUGAAAUCCUCAUCCAUCCAGUCGUUGGCACAUUUCUUCAUGUGAAGUGGCAGAAAGUGAAGCGGUUGUUUUACGUCACACAAAUCUACUGUCUACUCUUCGCCGUGUCAACGACAUUGAACGCAUUUGCCUUUUCGGAACGAAAUAAAACGUUCGAUCCCAACGAUUCCAACGUUUUCUUUGGGAUCACUCUGGCCUUGGAGAUUCCGUUAUUGAUUGGCCUGGCCCAACGGGUCUGGCUGCGACGGUGGAACUUCGCUGUGGAUGAGUGGUACCCGGUUUUUUCUCUACGAUUAAGGUGGAACAAAAAGAAAAUGACCGCUCCUAUUCACAUGCCAAGCUUUUCAUGGAUAGCUUUGUGUGAGCUUGGUCUUCACUUGGCGGUAAUUGGUCAUUUCUCAUCUCGAUCUUGGCCUUUGUUCCAACGCCAUUGUGGGAUCUGGAGUGUGCUCUUAGCCUGGGUUCAUCUUUUGAACAAAGUUCAUCAAGACCCAAAUUAUGGCUUUCAUGUCGUGAUUCUUUACGCUGUUGUCAAGGAUAUACUGAAGAUCCUCCUGAAUAUUCUUCCCCUGUGGUUGGGGAUAGCUUUUGCCGUUUACCUGAGUUUCGGCAACAACCUGAGAGAUUUUUCACCACUCGCUUUUGCUCCCUUGGCCUUGAUCAAAAUGACUUUUGAAGGAGAUAAUUCGUUUUUUCGACUCUCAAAAUUGGAUGGAACAGCCCAGAUCUUGUACAUGCUUUUCAUCUUGCUCCUUGUGGUGGGAUUAGUUAAUGUUCUCAUUGGAGCUGCCAAUUUCAAAUUCUACGAGAUUGUCAAGUUCCGUGAGUACCUUUGGUCCCAACAAACCAUUUUGUGCGUGUCGGAGAUCGAAGACAGUCUAAAAGGAUUAUCAUGGGGCCUUAGCAAGAUCCAGUGUCUGAGAUGCUGGAACCCAGUAAAGAUGGUUUCCAUCUUCUCUGAAGGUGAAGAAAACUGCAUCGUGAAUGUGUACCCAUUCGACAGCUCAACCAGGAUUGGGCGGACGGAGCGAAGCUUCAAGACCAGACUCUCGGAGGCUUCCAUGAGAACACGCUCGAUUCACUUACCUGUUUUCCGCAUAUCGGACUCAUCAUAUCAAGCCAAGGCGUUGGACUGCUCUGUUCCAUGGAACAUCUGGGAGAAGGCCAAAGACGUGAUCGAGUUGUGGCAUGCCAAGAGGCGAUUACGUGAGCAAGAGGUCCUGGCUAAUGCGGAAACCGAAGCGGAUCAACGGCCUUAUUAUUGGAACCCUAAUGCCACCACGGCAUCUGAAAAAUCAGAACCGUACUACGAAAUUGUGGACGACAGCGCGAGCUUUAGAAUUAUACGUGAAUCACAUUCCUUACUCAAAGAGAUCCAAAGAGAUCUGAGCCGAUUUCCCAAAACCAAUGUGUCAGCUUCAGUACCAUUCCAUCAAGCGCAACAUGCGAGAACUUCCACGAACAUCGACAUGAACCACCUUAACAUGUUUGAGCAACCCGGAAACAACAGCUCUGACGGGAAGGGGAACUCCAAGUCCAAAACAUUGAGCGUCAGACCAGGGGUGGCAUUGGGAGUGAUCACUCUCUCAGCUGCCAAUCAUGGACCCAGGAUUACUCUGCAUUAAUGAAAGAAGAACACAAAAUGGGAAUGGAUUUGGCUCGCAGUUCGAUUUGAAUGAGAAAUAAGGCAAUGCAAGUGAAUGACAGUUGUUGUUCCUUCGAAUGAUGCAAGUCUUAUUGUACGAUUUUGGUGUUAUGAAAAAUAGAUCUUAUGGGAAUUAUCG